AUGCGCAUCAACGGGCACGCGGGGCUCGCCUGCAAGACCCAGGCUGUUGCUGUUCUCCAGGAAGGGGACGUCAUCGAAGUUGAGCCGGCUGGCAACAUGCCGGUGAUCAAGGAUCUGGUGGUCAACUUCGACCUCUUCUGGGACAAAAUCAUGGAGAUAGAUCCCUAUCUUCAGCCGCAGGGACCGGAACCGGAGCAGGAGUACGUCGUCUCCAACGAGUCGAUGCUGCACCUGUCCAGCGUUACCGCCUGCAUCAUGUGCGGGGCCUGCGUGUCUGACUGCACGGUGCUUGAGAUCGAUCCGUCCUUCCUGGGCCCGGCUGCACUGGCCAAGGCCUACCGGUUCACCGCCGACCCCCGCGACGGCGACGAUGAGGGCGUAUCCAAGGAACGGCUGGAGCAGUUGAACGCGCCCUCGGGCAUAUGGGAUUGCACCCGGUGUCUCGAAUGCGUACAGGCCUGCCCCAAGGGCGUGGCCCCCAUGGAGCGCAUUAUGGCCAUGCGCGACCAGGCCAUUGCGGCGGGUUUCCACAACACCAACGGCGCCCGGCACACCGAGGCUUCUCCGAGUCGGUCGAGCAGUCUGGCACUCUUGAUGAACUCAAGCUCGUGCCCAAAUCGCUGGGAAUGA